CGCAGCCUCCCCGCCCCCCCCCCUCCUCCUCCUCAACAUUCUCCUGUUCAAUUCUUCAUCAGUGAGCACGCGACGCCACGUUCAAACGUUUGCGCAGGCGACGAGGUCGUCAUUCCGACGCUCCAUCAGCAAACGUUGGCUCAGUGGGGUAAAUGUUGCGUUCAGGUGCUCGCAUGCACGAGGUUGCGUUCACGUGCUUGCACGCAGCAACGCUUAUUAUUCAUAUUAUCAUCGUGCCGUCGUUAUUUGUGUUAUUCUUCUUCAUAUGAUGUAACCUGCUCGGCGAUAGCAUGCGCGUUCACGUGCGCUAGCCAGGCGUGCACGCGUCCUUUAUGUUUAAUAAUUUUGCAUUUUGUUCUUGUGUGUCCGAUACUUUUGAAUUCUAUUAAGAGCGAUACUGGUUACAAUAAUAAACGUGUUGUCAAAUGAAUAGCACUCGAAACGGAUCAUUGUUUUUUUUUUUUCAAUUUGUAAAAAAUGGUAUCACUUGAAAGUACUGUAAUUUAAAUUCACAUAAAUAUAUAAUGUAAUCACAAGUAUUGCAUUAUCUAUUCAUACCGUAAACGAUCAUCUUUAUAUCUAUUUCGAAUGAAUUAAAAUGGAUGCUCGGCUAUAUUUGUAUCUUUUUUUUUAACCAUUUCAAAGCGCCACAAAAAGCCGCACGCCUCAAUGUGAUGUUGGCGUUGCGAAAGUGGAAAGGGGAUACCGCGGCUGUUCCGUGGCACCGAUCGCGAAAGCGGGCGUCGACUAGAAAUACUUUUACAUUUCCGCUCGCACGCUCGUCACUGCCAAUUCCGCAUUUGCCAACCUGUCAGUCGCGUAUGCGCAAUAAGUUGGUCCCGCGUUGGGAAUGUUUUCAUUCAAGGUUUCGACAUGACGAAGAAAAGAUUCCUGCGUAAUUAUUCGCUGCGGCGCACAGCAAAGUUGUGACUCUUUAGCUGAAUAAUAACGCUGGUACGAUUGACCGGUUUGUCUUUAUCGGCUUUUUAAGAGGUGUGUUUUCGGGGUGCGCCAACUCUUGACGGGAUGCUGAAGGGGGUGCGCGGCUUUAAAAGUUUGGGAGGAGUUGAGAGACGGCGCACCCGCUUUCCCAUGUGCGCACCCCUUUCGAGAAGUCCGUUGAGAACCAAUGAAGGCCUCAUGGCGAAUCACGCGCGUAUCGUUGUUGUUGUUAGGUUGUGAGUUGAAAAUGACAUUUCUUGUGCACCAGCAACCGCGGAGCAGGACGAAAUGGAUGUGACGCCGGGUUCAUCGCGGCUCUUCCUGUUAUUGUUAUGAAGGAAAUGACUUUCCCAUGGAAGUCAUGUGUUUGAGGCGGUCCUCCGGGGUCUUUCCCCUCCCUCCUCCUGCUUUGUGUGCCGGAGCGGUCCGUGUUUUCACAGCCGGCGCGACGACCCACUUGUACAUAAUAGAGAGCGGAGUGCAAAUACGUACACAAUGGUCAUCGGAUUGAGAUCGUUUUCUUAGUUUACCGUCCCUACAGCAGCCCGUUUGGGGAAAAGAUAGUCGGGCCCGAAUCCAUUGCACCAAUCGCACAUGGUCGAAUCCGUGCGUCAGUCACAAAACAUCAGCUCGCUGCUCCGAAAGUUCGAGCGAGCCCAUCAAAUUCUUACCCGGCAAUAAAUCAUGCCUAUCGAGGCGUCGCUCGGCAACGCGCCGCUCUGUCUUUGCCCGCCAGAUGUCGCCAGGGCCGUCGAGCUGCUGGAGAAGCUGCAGGAGUCGGGCGACGUCCCCGGUUACAAGCUGCAGUCGCUGAAGAAGGUGCUCCAGAGCGAGUUCUGCACCGCCAUCCGCGAGGUGUACCAGUACAUGCACGAAACCAUCAACGUCAACGGCUGCCCCGAGUACCAGGCCAGAGCCACGGCCAAGGCCACGGUCGCCGCCUUCGCCGCCAGCGAGGGCCACUCCCACCCGCGGGUGGUGGAGCUCCCCAAGACGGAGGAAGGCCUGGGCUUCAACGUGAUGGGCGGCAAGGAGCAGAACUCGCCCAUCUACAUCUCCCGCAUCAUUCCCGGCGGGGUGGCCGAGCGCCACGGCGGCCUCAAGAGAGGCGACCAGCUCCUGUCCGUCAACGGGGUGGUGCGUCCAGUCACGGCUUACGCUUCCUGUAUCGUGCCAGAGGAGGCAAACGUACUCACAUUCUGUACUUGGGUACAAGUACAAAUGAAAGUAUCGGUCAGCAAGUCUGUCAUUCUGGAAAUCUGGCGGACUUGUCUAUCAUGCGUAGACCCACAAAAAAGUCUCAAGAAGGAAGCCAUGUCUGGAAAGAAACAGACAGUCUGCCGUUUUAGACAGAAAACUAGUAUUUAUGCUUGGUUAUUUCCCACCACUGACUUCCUUUUUGCGUGUUCGCAGAGCGUGGAGGGCGAGCACCACGAGAAGGCGGUGGAGCUGCUGAAGGCGGCCAAGGACAGCGUCAAGCUGGUGGUGCGCUACACGCCCAAGGUGCUGGAGGAGAUGGAGGCGCGCUUCGAGAAGCUGCGCACCGCCCGCCGCCGCCAGCAGCAGCAGCUGCUCAUGCAGCAGCAGCAGCAGCAGCAGCAGCAGCAGCAGCACAACAUGUCCGCUCAGCAGAACCACACGUCGUAGGUGAGGCGCUUCAUGGCUGUGACGGGGCGGUAAAAUCGCAUUUUGCAAUAUUUGACUUGAUAAAACACACAAUCAUAAAUAAUGUGCUUCAAUAGAAUGUAACGAACCGGAGCGUUUGCGCAUCGUGAUUUCAUGCAUUCAUGUAAAGGGCAUCGUGUGGCCGUUGUGCUCGGUUUUGCCACCCGGGGGCAGUAUAAUAUAUACAGACAUUCUACUGUACUUGUAGUAGAUGAUGAAACACAAAAAGAAGACCGUCACAACUAAGCUGCAGUAAAAUUACUCGUUUUUCGCAGAGGAUAAAGAAUAUAUGCCUGUGAGUGUUGUUGUAUGUGCUGCUAACGUUUGUGUUCCAAUAUAUCUUUGAAGGUUUAAAAGUACCGCAACAUCGAUGCGAGUUGGGGUAGCCCGUCUAUGUCAUUUUGUAUUGCGUGUUUGUCUGUAAAGGCUGACGUUUAAUUUUCCAAAUGUAAAAAUUACAUUUCUUUCUUGAAGCAACUCUUCAAAAGUCUUCAGAAUUGACACAGACACGACCAAAUCAAGUCAAACAGUGAUCAUAAAAAGAUACAUUUUAUGAUGAAGUUUCAAAAAAAUAGUCAGUAGGGUCAUAUGAUUAAAAUAUAUAGAGUAUUAAAAUCAUAUUAUUUUUAGCAUUUCUGACAUUUUCAACAAUUCUGAAGAUGAAUGAAUUAGAUGACAAUAACACAAAAUGCAAAAUUGCAUUUGCGUCUAACACAAAGUUUGCUGACUGGCUCUGCAACAGACAACUGCUCUCAGCGUGUUCUUCUCGUCGUUUGUCAGGUUGUUCCAGAAGAAGAAGAAGUGAAGGCCAAGGUGACAUCUGACGGAUCUCUCGGAGGUGCGACCAGAAGCGAAGUUCUCGGAGUCACAGGACUCUCCCAUCGAUCCUGGCGUUCCGCGCCGAAAAACGCCGCCAGCGUUUUGUCCCAAAUUUGGUGCUUUGGAAUAAGAGGAACACAAUGGAUGACGACGUCUGCGUUUUACCUUUUGUCUUCUCUUUAUGGUCUUUCUUUGCAUCGGUCCAUCUGUUUUUUUCCCAUCAUGCCUCAGUCCUCCUGGUGCUCGUGUAAGAACGUUAUUUUGAAGGCAAAUACUGUUUUGAUUGGUAGCAAAGGACUCGUUUUGUAUCCAGUAGCUUGAGCAAUAAACACGCAGGCAGGCAAGCAAUUGUCACUGAAAUUAAUGAUUUGGAUUAUGACGUAUUACUCACUAUUAAAAUAAUGAAAAUGUUCAUUUGUUUCUUAUUUGCGCCAAAAUGUAUUUGAUUUUUAAUGCUUUUUAAUGAUGAUUAUUGUGCAAUAAUUCCCCAUUAGACGAGCUGAAUGUCAGUCAGUUCCAAACCAAAUACCCCAGAUUUAUCUUUAUUUGACAUAGUUUAUUAUAUUUAUGAUCAGAGUUUUAUUGUUCUCUUUGUGUAUAUGUCGAAAGACGAUUAUUGAAGGUCUUUACAUUGUGCAGAUGAUGUGGGUGUUGGUAUUUUGACAAUCAUUGCUGAUGAAAAUGUGGAAUGUUUAUCCUUGGAUAUAAUAAUCCUUCUUACGUGUUGAAACUUUAAACAUCCAUUUUGUGCGUGUGUAUGUUUGUAUUUUCUUGACUUAUUCUUUUGUCCUCUAUCCAUGCCAAACUGACCAACAAAAAAAACAUAAGAAUUUACACUUUAUCAUCACAUUUUAUAGCAUUUAUGAGUGAUCGCUUCAUUUAAAGUGCGACACGUGCUACACUGCCAGAUUUGUACGUCAUAUGAUAAUAAUUAAUACAUUUUGUUUGGGUUGCAUUGCAUUGUUUUCUACUUUGCAGUCAUUUAAAUUAUUAAAAAAAGACAUUGUUGAUAUGCAAUUGUUAUACAUACUAUAUUUGUAUAAAUAAAUAUAUGUGCUAGUGUACAUUGAA